AUGUCCGGUGUUACCUUGGACGAAAAGACGGUGCCCAUGGACCCUCCGCCGAGCCUGGAGAAGGGCGUCCUGGACGACGCGGCCAGCAAGAAGGGCGCCAUGCAGGUGCAGGCCUUGUCCGCCGAGUUCGAGGAGAUCACGCAGCUGAAGCAGGGGCUGCAUCAGCGCCACGUGCAGAUGAUUGCCCUGGCCGGCACACUCGGCACCGGCCUGUUCUUGUCGUCGGGCCAAGCCAUUGAGCGGGCCGGGCCCCUCGGUGCGCUCCUGGGCUAUUCCAUCAUCGGCACCGCGGCCAUCGGAUCCGUGUUUGCCGGUGCCGAGAUGGCCGCUCUCGUCCCGCUCAACGGCGGCAUCAUUCGCUACGCGCAGCACUUUGUGGACCCGGCGCUGUCGUUUGCCAACGGCUGGAACGAGGUCUAUUCGCACAUUGUGUCGGUCCCGUCUGAGAUCUCGGCGGCCGCGGUCAUUAUGCAGUUCUGGACCGACGUCAACAGCGCCGUCUUCAUCACCGUUUUUGGGCUGCUCACGAUCGCUACGACGCUCGUGUUUGUGCGCGUCUACGGCGAGCUCGAGUAUGGGUUCUCUCUGCUCAAGAUCGCUCUCGUGAUUGGACUAAACAUUAUGUCGCUUGUCAUCACAUGCGGUGGCGGACCCAACCAUGAAGCGAUCGGCUUCAAGUACUGGAACCACCCGGGGCCCUUCGCCCAGUAUCUAGGCAUUGGCGGAAGCCUCGGCCGCUUCCUCGGGUUCUGGAAGGCGCUGAACAGUGCGCUGUAUGCCUACUCGGGCAUCGAGAACAUUCCCCUCACGUCGGCCGAGACUCGCAACCCGCGCACGUCCAUCCCCAAGGCAGCCAAGAGAGUGUUCUUUAAGAUUCUUCUCUUUUAUGUCAUCACAAUCUUCUUUGUUGGCCUCAUUGUCCCCUCGGACAACCCCCAUCUUUCCUUGACGACCGGAAACGCGUCCCAGUCGCCGUUUGUCAUCGCGGCCAAGCUCGCCGGCAUCAAGGUCGUCCCGUCCAUUAUCAAUGCCGUGGUGCUGACGUCGGCCUGGUCGGCGGGCAACUCGAGCCUGCUCUGGGGCUCGCGCAUCCUCUACGGCAUGGCCAUGGAAGGGCGUGCGCCGCGGUUUCUCACACGGGUCAACCGCUUCAGCAUCCCCCACUACACGGUGCUGUUCUACGCGAUUUUCAUGGGCCUGGCGUACAUGUCGCUCUCCAGCACGGCCGCCAACGUGUUCGACUGGCUCAAGGACCUCGUCUCCAUUGCGACCCUGGUGAACUGGCUCGUCUAUCUCAUCGUCUAUCUUCGCUUCUACUACGCGUUCCAGAAGCAGGGACUGUCGCGCUCGCGGCUCCCGUGGGCCUCUCCGCUGCAACCGUACCUGUCUUGGUGGUCCCUGUUCCUUCUCAUCCUUGUGCUCUUGACAGGUGGCUUCUCAACCUUUAUCCACGGACAUUACAUCAACGUUCCCAUCUUUCUCGCACUGUACUUUUCCUACAAAUUCAUUCGGAAGUCCAAGAUCAUCCCGCUCAGCGAGAUACCCAUUGGUCAUUUCCUGGACAUUGCCGAAAAUGAAGAGGCGGAAGAAGAAGAGAAGCCAAACAAAGCCUGGCGUUGGCUUACUUUGCUGUGGUUAUAA